AUGAAUAUUACCCUAGAGCUAGAAGAAGGCACUGAGAUGAUAAACGAGGGAGCAAAGUUAAAGACAACCCAGCGUAAUUCUAUUUGCCAGCCAUACCUACCAUGGAACUCUGAUACAGCUAAAAGGAAAUGGAAGGACCAUACACUUCACCAGGAAAUCAGAUUGGGAAGCCAGCCAGAGCAAUCUCAUAGAAUUAUCCGAGUUCAUGAUAUCACUGAAAAAAGGCCUAAUUUCGAGUUUAUAUGCACAAGUAGGAAUGAUGUAAAAGAAGGUUACAAAAGGAUAAAGGCUAGUAAUCCGGUUGUAACGAAAGAAAUCGAAAAUAAACUGGGAAUUACAAUCAAUGACGGAGAUGGCAACUCGAAUGUCUGCAUUAUCACUUCACCAUGUGAUAUCCAACCAUCCGAUAUGUCACCACCAUGGAUAACCUGUCAAGUUCUAGCAGUAGUGGGAAUCUUUGUCAAGGACGCCAAAGAUAA